UUCUUUUAAAUGUUAUUUUAAAAUAAUGAGAAAAACUGCAAUUUAUUUUAUGUAUUCCAAAAGUAGAGAAUGCCAGAAGCAAUCUUCAUUUAAUGUACUGGCAAGUAUGGCUACUAAUCUUUCAAGCGCUACCAGAUUUUCCCUUGUACAGGAUAUGAAAAAGAGGAGUUGUUCCCCCCACCCACCCCCAAGAUUAAAGAAUCACUGUGGUUUAAAGGCUUAAUCUGAUGGUGUUUGUACUGGAAGAGCUCAGAGGUCUCCAGCUCAGAGCACAAUUGGAUGCAGCAUUAGAGUUAUUUAUGAAAAAAAAAAAUGCUCCCGGGUAGAUGUGAUCUAUCCUUUGAAAUGUGUUGUGGCUGAAGCUGUAAAGCUGCUGGGAUUUCUUCAGCGCCUGGCAGGAUCCCACUGCUGUGGGGAGGGCAAGAAGGGGGAGUCGUUCCGUACAUGAAUCCAGGCUAUUGUUCUGUGCGCACUUUGUUUUAAAAAAGUAUCACAAAGCAGACUGUUACUUAUUCAGAUGCAGGAGCUCCUUCCAUCACACAAGACAGCCCAUUCAAGUCACAUGCCAGAGGUCUCCGCAGAAUGGGCUGCUGCAGCUGCUUCAAAUCUGCUGUCUAACAUAAGAAGCAGUUGGACCAACCUGACAGCAGUCCGCCUCCCAGCCUCUGCAGAAGACAGGGAAAAGAUCUGGGAUCCAAGCACUAUGUUUGCUGAGGAGCUGUGGCUUGACAAUGAGAAAGCCUGUGCUGUGGUUCACAAAUCAAAACAAGGACGGAAGCGCCAAGAACUCCUGGCAGUGGCCUUGGGGGUUAAGAUGGGAGUGAAGGGGGCACUCUUGUGGCAACCGCUGAAACUCUUUGCCUAUUCGCAGAUCACCUCCUUGGUCAGAAGAGCAGCACUGACCCAGAAUGACAACCAUUUCAACUAUGAAAAAGCACACAAUUUUAAGGUCCACACAUUCCGAGGUCCACACUGGUGUGAAUACUGUGCCAAUUUCAUGUGGGGACUCAUUGCUCAGGGAGUAAGAUGUUCAGACUGUGGAUUAAAUGUACACAAACAAUGUUCAAAGUAUGUUCCCAAUGACUGCCAACCAGACCUUAAGAGGAUCAAACGGGUCUAUUGCUGUGAUCUCACUACACUAGUGAAGGCCCACAAUGCACAGAGACCCAUGGUGGUGGACAUAUGCAUACGUGAAAUUGAAGCAAGAGGUUUGAAGUCAGAAGGCAUUUACAGAGUCUCAGGGUUCACUGAACACAUUGAAGAUGUCAAAAUGGCCUUUGAUCGAGAUGGUGACAAGGCAGAUGUCUCUGCUAACAUAUAUCCUGACAUAAAUAUUAUUGCUGGCGCACUAAAGCUGUAUUUCAGAGAUUUACCAAUUCCUGUUAUCACUUAUGAUACUUACUCUAAGUUCAUAGAGGCAGCAAAACUCUCCAAUCCUGAUGAAAGAUUAGAAGCUGUCCAUGAAGUGUUAAUGUUACUUCCUGCUGCACACUAUGAGACUCUUAGAUACCUGAUGAUUCAUCUCAAAAAGGUUACCAUGAAUGAAAAAGAAAACUUUAUGAAUGCUGAAAAUCUGGGUAUAGUGUUUGGACCUACUUUAAUGAGGCCCCCAGAAGAUAGCACUCUUGCUACACUCAAUGAUAUGCGGUACCAGAAGCUGAUUGUGCAGAUACUAAUAGAAAAUGAAGAUGUUUUGUUUUAGACAAACCGGUCUAAAUAUAUAGCCAUCUGCAAUGAAAAUUAAAUUUAAAUAAAUCCUCAUGACAAGAAGUGUGGACAAUGUUUCAUUUUAUGUGUCUUGUAGAUAUACACCAAAUAUUUAAUAAAAGCUAUGUCUCACAGACAAAAGUCAGAAGAACAAAGUCAGAAAAAAUUCUCUUCCCUUGUAUCUUUUACCUUGCUUCCAAUUUGUCUCUGUGUAGAAAGGUUACAGAUUUCUUCUGUUAACUUAUUAAAAGAAACUUUGUAUAUUUGUUUAGAUCACUGAAGCAAAAAGGUACUAUUAAGCUGAAUCCCAAAUCUUAUGCUGGCACAGUUUCUACUAAAAUUAACUCUCUCAGCACAGCAAUUUAUGUGUACCCAAUUCUGCAAAUGCAUUUUGAUGCAUAUUUUAAUUCUCCCUUUGUUUAGAAUCUUUGUGCACAAUUAUACACAAAUAGACCACAUCUAAAACAUUUUGGACAUGUAUUGCCUUCUGGUUCUCUAUAAAUGAAGAUGUUUCCCAUAUAGAAAACAUCUUCAUUUAUAAGGAACCAGAAGGCAAUAAAGGCCCAAAAUGUUUAUCCAAGAGAUCAGGGUGUUCAUCAGUGUUAUUUCUAUAGGGAUAUACAUUUUUUUUCUAUGUAAGACAUAAUUGUAUAUGUCUGAGUGAAACAAAACGUGUAUUUAUAAAUAUAUUUUAUACUUACGUUAGUUUUAGGAAUGUCUUUUUUUUUUAAGCAAAAUAUAAUUCAAUGCGGUGCAUUGAUGAUUUUCCGUAUAUUCUUCUUAAGCAUUAUUGCUAUAGUAUAUUGAAAACAUUUACCACUGCAGUAUUAUCCUGACAUUAUUACUUUCAUUGCAAAUGGUUUUUAAAAGAUUUUACUUCAUACACAUCUGAACAUAUCCUGUAGAGGUAUGGCAAAUGCAGUAAUUUUUGUUUUAACUUUACCUCCAAAAAGAGAGAUGUUGUAAAAAAAUUAAAUAGUAUUGGCAGUAGUAUCAACUACUACACAUAACAUUUGUUUCUUGAAAUACAGCUAUGUUUAAAAUGAGUAAUGCUAGAUUCUUGGAUAUUUCUGAACUUGGUAAAAGGUUCACACUUAUUUGGAUUUUUGUUAUUUUUAAAUUCCAAAUGGCUUCGGUAUUUAUAAAAGUAAACCUGUUUAAAUUAAGCCUUUUUUCUUCAUUUUAUUUUGGCAAAUGUGUUAAUAAAUUAGAGAGAGUGAAUGAAAGAGAAAUAGUGUAUUACCAAAUGUCAAGGGACUUUCUUCUGUCUUUUCAAAGAUUGACUUCUCAAUCUAAUAAAUGCAAUUCAUUCUAAUAUUAUACAUAUUUCUCAUCAAGAGAUUUUUGUACACAUAUUUCAAACAGAUCUUGUGAGCCACCCAAAGUCCCCCAUUAGGGGGAGAUGGGCGGAGAUAAAUCUAAUAAAUAAAUAAAUAACUAAAUAAACACAGGUAGAAAGUAUAGUGUAAAUCAGAAUUUUCUCUGUGAAAAGCUCUGUUAAACUGUACUCUUGAUUUGUAUGGAUCACAAGUUUUGAAAGCCAAUUCUGCUGUUUUCUGAAUUAUUUCAGGGAGCAUAGGUUUCUAUACAAAAAUGUGUGUAAUUUUGAUAAUGAAAGAAGAUUAAAGACCAAAUGGGGCAAGGGAAACAAUGUAUAUUAAUUAUCCUUUACCUAGAUCAACAAGGGCUAGAUAGACAGAUCCAGGCUGCAGGCCAGAUGGUAGUGGGGUCUGAUUUGCUGGUAUAAUAGUCCUAGAAAUUCUCUUAAGUUGCACAAGUUUAAAUGUUGUAGGCUAUGUACUAAAUACUGUUAUAAAAUGGUAUGGAAAUGGUUUUAUUUUGUGAAGUGAAAUAUGCUUUGUAACUUAUGAUAGUGUAAAUGGAAAGAAAAAAAAAUAAAUGUGUUGAAUCUAUAUGUUA